AUGAAUAAUACGAAAGGAAGCCAUCUAUUCAGUGAACCAUGGAACGUUCGAAGUAAGGAGUUCGUUAUAGCCGUGACAUUGUUAGGUAAGUGACAUAUGUACAUUAUAUGGGUAUUAAACCAAAUGUUCUCGCCUUUACUAAAUAGAUUGUUUGGAACCUUUUGAUAGAAGCGUUAAAAUUCUAAAAUGUUUUCAUUAAUUACGAUGAAAUUAAGUUAUUAAAUGAAGCGACUGGACUCAUUGCAUUGGGUACCGCUUUACUUUAUUGCUGGAGCUGGCAAAUGCAUUUCCGUCUUUUUGGCCUAGUUUUUGUCGAAAUCUUGUUGACGAAAUGAAGAGCGAUCUUAAUGUUUACAAACUACUGAAAAUACAGUUUUCUGCAUUUUUUAGGAGGAAAAAAAUUGAAAUGGAGCGUUACCAUAGGUUUUGCAGAAUGAAUUAGAAUCACUUUAGCAUCAUUUGUUAAAUCAUUAGGUAUAAUGGGUAUAAUGCACAGUACACGGUCGUUGGAAGUUCAUAAAUAUAAAGCAAGUAGUGGAGGUAGUUUUUCUUUUUUUUUAAAGUAACGAAACCAUAGAAAUCCUUUUCAGAAAUGUACAUCCCAACUUCUACAAAAAAACAAGAAUCACUUCGUGAAUUUUACCGGGGCCACUUUUGUCAAUCACCUGCACCACCAACAUCUAUUGAUUGUAAACCAAGUUCACCUAAUCUUGACUGCAUCAAAUUCUCAGAGGAAAUAGGAGAGAUCAACCGCAUUGUUGAGCUGUGAUUUUGCAUAAAAGGUCUAAUAAAUUAUUACUUCAUGAUGAUCAGUGUUGUAUUGAGUAGGCCCUGGAUUCUUCUCAACAUCUUUACUUAGUUUGAAGUUCACAUAAUUGGUCAUAUGACUCACACAGUUGCAAGAAAACAAUGAUAAAUAUCGACGUGCUUUACAUUUUAGUUUCAUUAUCCUGUGAUACUGCCUGCUAGCAUAGAAAGACAACAAAUAAGCUUUCUUGGAUAUAGCCAUUUUAUUGAAGUUAAUUAUCUUUGGAUCCCGUUUGUUAUUACAUUUAUAUCGUGCAUGAUAAAGUUUUCUCAUCUUAUUAACAUAGCGAUGGAGCUUUGAAGACUUCGGUAUGUGAAUCGUUGAAAUCUUUUUCAAGACAAAUUUCUUCAACAUGCUAUUCUUGUUAUUGAGACCUCUUACAAAUAGCAGUGGAAUUCUGCUCGGUUCACGAGCACGUCUAGAUCGCCUUGUAGCACGUUUUUUAAAAUGAUAUAAAGUUAGCUUUGAUAAGUGUUCGCAUUGAUUCUUGAUAAAUUUCAUGAUGGAAGGUUCACUCAAUGUAGAUACCUUCGAUAAGUCGCUUAUUUUCUCGAUAAGUUUCACGGUGGAAGGUUCAAUCUUAAGCGAUCGCUCGUAAAUUUGUCUCUCCAAAUAUUCACUCUCAAGUUUUUGCUCAUAAACUAGUACAUCGUAAAGGCUGGGAAACGUGUCGUCCAAAAAGCUAUAAUCUUUCUCUUGACUCUUCGACUCGUGCUUUUCAAAAUGGCGGAUAAGAUUUCAAUGAAAGUUUCGAGCCAGUGAUAUAUCUCAGUCAGCGAUAUAUCCCUAACAAUGUAACUUUGAAGACACAGAAACGCGUUGCAUUUUAUGACCGGUGCCAGCCUUCGGCUAGGCCCCGGUAAAAAGAAAGCUUUAAUUUACAAACUAUAUACUUUCAACUAUUUAGGCUAAACGUUAAUAAUCUACCUUAGACACUCGUCUGAAGCUUUUGUGUCAUGUCUGAUCUUAAUUCUGAUGACUUGUUAUAAUCGGAAUGUUCUAUUAAUAGUGCCCAGGGAUACAUUUAUUAGUGAAAAGAAGAGGGGCAAAUUUCGAGAAUCCAAAAUAAUUGCGAUUUACCAAAGAAAUCUUGUCGAGAAUAAUAUAUCUACAACAGACUAAACAAAUCUAUUUUGGAAUUAAUUAACCCUAUUCAGGCUGGGCAUUUAUUAGACUCGAUUUCCUUUGCUCUCUCGGCUCUGGUCUUGUUCUUCCCCGAGAAGAGAGUAUUUUCGCUUGAGGAGCGCAGGCCCAUAUCCCGAACAGCGGCUGGUAAUGGAGCCCAGCAGGAGCCCAGAUAUUUAUAGGCGCGGCGUCCUAACAUCAGUGGGGCCCUUUAAGGCCCUCCUCUUAAAUUUUAAAACCGCUCCUGUAGAUGCGGCCACAAGCUUAACACAGAAUUGUCUAUCAUUGUCAACAUCUCGGUAUACUAAACUAAACGUCGCCUUAAAGACCGUUUUAAUAAUGGUAAUUACAUCCAUACUGCAGUUUCAGAACAAUUUCUUACCAGUAAUAAUUCCGACAAUCAUAUGCUUUUGAUUCCUAUUGAAAAACUUAAAAAUGGGCUUGAUUCUUUCAGGAAAGCACGUGAAGACCACCUUAUCCAUAAAGCUAAGACAAUUGAGCCUCUGGGCAUCAAUAAACUUGAUGAACUGUAACUGUAUAUAGUAUAUCUUUUUUUUUUUUGUUAUCUUGUCUUUUUGAGUUGCCAGAACAUACCACGUCAUAUUAUGUAAUUUCCGGUCAUUAUUUUACUUCACAUAUAUUUCUGUAAAUUCGUGAUAUCUCAAUAAACCUGACGAAGACUGGUACUGGCCAGUCGAAAUAUCGCAACUUAACUCUAUUUCACGUUGUUCGAUCAGUCCCUGCAAAAGUCUUCUUGACUGUAACGUCUUCAAUUUUAUACAUUUUGACUGAUCACGAUCUUUUUGGAUCCGACGUUGAGCAAGAUUGUUCGAACACGGUUUUUGUAGUGUUUUUUUUUUAGCUUAACUUAACAUCUCGGUAUAAUUGAUUGACACAAUGACGAAAUGUGACAUCAUUAUAAGGCCAUGUUUUCUCAUGGCUGAACCCAUAUACCGUAAAAUUCCGAAAAUAAGCCCCUCCAUGUAUAAGCCCCUCCAAAUAUAAGCACCCUAACCGGUAACGCAAAGAGCCCUCCUUUAAAUCGCCCCUCCAAAUAUAAGCCCCCCGGGGGCUUGUACUUGGAAAAUUGCUCUCAAAUACAAAGUAAAACAAAGCAAGAAAGGCAAGUUUAGUUCUAACUGUAAGGCUAGCCCAAUCGAUUUUGAAAAGUAAAUUUCCCCCCGUAGAUAAGCCCCUCCGAAUAUAAGCCUCUCCAAAAAUAAGCCCCUCAAAAAGGGCCUUUGAAAAAUGUAAGCCCCGGGGCUUAUUUUCGGAAAUUUACGGUAGUUCACGUACCAUUCUUUCCCCAAAAUGGGUGUCGGUCAGCGGUCAGCGAUGAUGAUGGCCGCGUCUUUUGAAGCUGGCUAUUUUUGUGUUAUUUGUUUCCUUUUUUGUGCGUUUAAAUAACUUAAUAAUAAUAGUUUCUCGUGUAAGAGUUCCUGUUGGUGUCUUUAUUAGAAUAUGUCAAAGAAAGGAACGAUCUCCCCCUUUCUAUUCGCCGAUCGUCGAAAAUCCUGUUCAAAAAGGCACUUAAAAAAUAUUAUCUUGCUCAAUAUUGACUUGUGUGCGUACGUGCGUGUUUGUGUUUUAAUGAAUAACAAAGCUAUAUUAGAAUAAAGUCACUCUUGUUACAGGGCCAUAAUUAGUUUCUAUAAUGUGCCAUUCUCCAUUCUAAUUUUUUUUUAUUAUGUACGUGUAGUUUAAUCAACCUUGUACUAACUGAUAUUGUACAACUAAUGUAUUAUCUAUAGGAUGGAGUAAAAAUAAAAUACAAAUACAAAAAACAAAAUAGCUAUAAAGCAAAAAGCAUUGUGCUGAAAUAGGAACUUGCCGAUAAAAUCAUGAAGUGGUUUAACACAUUGAUAAUCUUAAACAAUGGAAUUGACGUAAUAAUGACGUCGUUAAUAAUUAAAAAGAAACUGGAACCAUGAAAGAUCAUGGCGACAGCUUCAGCCGAUUUCUAGAAAGAAGGAUUUGAUUAGUAUGUAUCGAGGCGCUCUUGUUAGCGGUUUUGUGAAUAUUUCGGUGUACUUGAACAAAUUUAAAUUAGCGAAUAAUUUUUAAAAAUUAUUAAAAUGUAAGAUUCUUGAGAUUAAUCGUCAUUUUAUAUGACCUUUUGUGCACGGGGCUUUAAAUUACCAGUUAACCUAACAAUAAAUGGCACGAUAAACUUUGUAAAAAUUAACACGAAAACUUGAUAAUACCGCCCAAAUCAUAUCCGCAAGUUCAAUCCCAAAUACGCCUUGGGAGACAACACGUUUCCUUAAAAAAAAAGAUAAUAAUAAAUGCAAAUGCAACUUAAUGUUUCAACAGGGUUAAUCUUGAUCAUUGGACUUCUUGGCAAUGGAAUCGUGGUAGCAGUUAUCUCAAACUUGCGCCAGCAAGGUCAGAAAACAUCUGUUCAGCUUUUUCUCCUUAACUUGGCCGUCUCCGAUCUGAUGGUGUGUUUGCUGUGCAUUCCCCUAACCAUCUUCACAAAUUUUUACUACCCCAAAGAUGUGAGCAGCAGAGAUCAUGGUUUCUGCAAGUUAGCGCGAUUUAUGCAGGUAAAAUAUUUAUUCUAAUGUUAAGCUUCGUGCAAACCGAUGCAACAACUCCCAACAUUGUUUACCCUAAAGUUUGACCGGUCUCAAACUUUGCGCAACAACUCCAAACAACAAGCCGCGAACAAUAUGCAACAAGGUGUGCAAACGGACUCAGCAUCCAACAAUGUUGGGAGUGGUUGGCCAACAAUGAUGUGUCCCUUUGAACUGGGCUUUAAGUAGAUUCAGGUGGCAAUUUCACAGGACCUAGGUGCAUUAAUAGGCGUAAAAACAAUUUUUUCAGGCCAAAUAAAUUUUUAAAAUCUUUCAAUGAAGACAGAUAUACUAAAGCCCCGUGCAAACGUACGCAACAUUGUUGGUCAAGAACUCCCAACAUUUGAAACCGGCCAGACUUUAAGCUACGUGAAAACGGACUCAACAUCGUUGGCCAAUUACUCCCAACAUUGGGAGUUGCUGGCCAACAAUGUUGAGUCCGUUUGCACGGGGCUUGAACUUGUUCUCGCAGCAGCAAAAUAGUCCAAGAGCGCCAUGAUUUAGGGUUUGUGCGGUGUAUGCAGGUGUGUAUGUACUACGCAGGUGACGACAAAAGGAGGCUACGGAGCAAAUCGAUUGAUAGAUGGAUGGGUGAAAACGUCCCGGAUUAAUUGCUUAAUUAUGUAGAGAAUUUGAAACCGAAUUCUUUAGAGAAAAAAACCUUAAUGUACUCCAACUGCAAUAUUCAAAUUUGAAGUGUAAACAAUUAUUCCAAAGAAUCCGGAUUCUUUUCCGCUUGCGAAUACAUGUGAGUGUAAUUUUAAUUUGAGGGCUAUACGAAACAUAUAAAUGUCUGUAUGACAUUUCUCUGCAAUAUGGCUCCUCGUAUCUCCCCAAAUUAUAACCAUAUAUCUCUAUAUAAAAACUAUGAGAAACUACAUAAUUAUUCAGUAUUCUGUAAUCUAUUUCUUUUCCGCAGUACCUCAAUCCAAUAAUCUCAGUCAGCCUGAUGACAGCAAUAAGUAUUGAUCGGUACAUGACAUUUGUGAAGCAGGAAUUAACGUGCAUCAAUAGACCUUGGUAUCUCCGGCCAGCCUGGUUGAUCGUCUUUGCUUGGGUAUACGGUACAGUUCAAUGCCUUCCAAUUUUUCAUACAAGCGAAAUCAUUCCUCUUAAUAAUAACAGUGCCAUCUACUACUGCAGCACUACGAAAGGCCAGUCUCUUGAAGGAACAAUUUAUCUCGUUGCCUCAGUCUUACUUGGGUUCGUGAUACCUUUAGCAGUCUUAACUAUAUCAUAUCGCAAAAUUAUAAAAGUGAUAUCAACCAGGAGUCGUAGACUUGCUGCGUCUGCAGGUGACAUAUCCAGUCCCAAAAUCACAAAUGCCAAGUUGAUGGAAAAGUCCAGAAGAAGGGUUCUUCGCAUGUUGGUAAUGGUUGUCAUCUGCUUUGUCGUCUGCUGGUUGCCUUUCGCUCUCUACUUUGGGCUACUGAUGCAGCAUCUCAGGAAAUUACCGAACGUUAAGGAUCCGGUGCGCCUCAUAACCUAUGGACUGGGCAUAUCAAACUCGGUCUGUAAUCCUUUUAUUUACUUCUUCAACGUCUGCGGCAAGUCCUGUCGUUCCAUGAAAAGUAGGUUCCUUGGAAAGAAGGGAGAGAUUAUCGUCGAAAAGGGGAGAAACAUGGUUGUUGUCUUCAAGGUCCGCCUGUGUAACCAAAUAAGACAAGGAAGUCGAGGAGCUGGAAGUUAA